CUGCCGGUAAAUUAAUGUAAUUGUUAAAUCUCAGAAACUCUACACAAACGCUUCUGUUGCUGUUUUAACAAACUACUUUAGACUUAAAGACAUCUUGAUUGGAUUUUGUUGGAGAAAAGCUGUUUCGUGCUUUGGAGCUGAAUCACUGAGAGCUGACUGUUGAAGCAUGAUGUUGGACGCUCACUUUGUGGAUGAGCAUUUCCUCCGUCUAUGGUCCACGUCCAGUCCAUGAAGCUGUGGCGGCCAUCUUGGUUUGGAGGCUUGUGUGUUACAUAGGAGCUCAGCACUUUGCUUUAUUCACACAAAGUUGAGGCUGAUCACAGACACAUUUAAAUGUGUGCUGAAUGGAUUCAGACCUGCAGUCCUCACGUCAUCCAGUCAAAGUCAUUCUGUGUGUCUGUUGUCUGUGCCUCCGGGUUAAAGGAGGUCAGACGUUCCUUUCUUCCUGCUCAUCCAUCCGUGGCUAACGUUGCUCAGCGUUGACCUCAGGACGCUGUCAGAGGGUGAAGACGUGUCAGCUUCUGCUCUGUUGGACCUGACAUUAGGACGUGUGAUAUUUAAACUGCCACAAUGAUUCAUAAACCAGAAUUGGGUCAAAUGUACAGAUUCCGGUCUCAUUAAAUCUUUAUGUCCAUACAAUCAAUUAUGCAGCACACAUCCUGACCCAGUUUCUGCAGGUUUACACCUUGUUUCACUGUUUCCUGAAUCGCUCAGGUCUGCAGCUCCCUGCUGAACAUGUCUUCCUCCUCCUCCUCAUCCUCGGAGCUGCCCUACUUUUGCCCUCGCUGUGGUGACGAGCUUCGUUUCUGGUCCGUACCUGAGCUCCGGGCUCACCUGGUCAGCCGACACACCUAUGACACGCUGCUGGUGCUGUCACAGGCUCGGGCCAGAAGCUCCAGACCCGCGGGUCUCCUCCCGCUGCCCGGUCCGCCCGGCUCCGCUGAGCAGGGCUCUUUUCUAGGCCUCCCUCUGCCACCGGCCUGCCUGGACCUCGCAUCCUCGUCUGCAUCCGUCCAGCUCCUCAGGGGGAUGUUUGGUCCGGCGGACCACGCUCCGGUGGAGGCGUCCACGGCCCUGGCCCUCCCCGGGACCCGCCUCAGUGAGGGGGUGGUGGAGUUUGGGCUGGCUGUGGGGAUCGGGCUGGAGGAGCGACUGGCGCUGGACCGUAAAAUCAGCCGGACGUUCGCAGAGGUGGAGGAGAGAGUGAACCGGCGUAUGGGCCGACUGAGGGUAGAGCUACAGAAGAAGGAGGCGCAGUUGGAGUGCGAGAGGCUGGAUGGGGAGCGACUGAGGAGGGAGAAGCAGGAGGUGGAGGAGAGGGCAGCAUACCUGUCCAGACAGGUCUCAGCUGCCGUGGAGAUGAUGGAGCGAUUAAAGACAGAUCUGCAGGAAAAGGAGGCAGAGCUGAGUGAACGGCAGCAGGAGAUGGUCGACGUCGAGUGUUUUCUGAGGGACACGGCUGAGAAAGAGGCCGAGGCCAAGUCCAGGCUGCAGGUGUUCAUGGAGACGCUGUUGGCUCGAGCCGAGCGAGCGGAGCGACUACUGCUGCUCAGCUCCCACUCGCAUCCCAACCACUGCACGCAUGCACCAGGAGGCAGCGGCUCUGAUGACAUCAUCACAAACAAGAUGCAGGAAACCGUGGGCAACCGGAGGAGCUACAGCGUCUCAGGCUCCUGCAGACUGAGGGACCGGCCCGUCAGCCUCCAUCCCCACAGUGCUUUUGCUAGUCGUACACGGACCUUGUCUCUGGGCUCGGGCGGUUUGGACGGUGACCGCUACGCUGCAGGUGGAGGACGAGAGGAGCGACUCUGGUUUGGAGAGGGAGGAUGGGGGAACCGUCACCAUAGCACGGAGGAGGAGGAGGAGGAGGAGGAGGAGGAGGAGGAGGAGCUCAGACUCUGGAGCAGCGCUGAGCGGAGGAGGUUCAUCAGGACACACACACCUGGCUCAGAUGCCCCUUCAUCGCUGUGCUCCACCCCUUCCCGUCGUCAUGGUGACAGACAGCUGGAGGCCGACACCCUGAGGCUGAGGGCGGGGCUUUUCUGCGUCUUCCCAUAUUUGGACGUGCGCUCGUUGCUGCGUGUCGCUGAGGUCUGCUCUGAUUGGAGGUUUGUUGCUCGGCACCCGGCGGUUUGGACCCGUCUUCACCUGGAGAACGGCCGAGUGUCGGCUCAGUUCCUGAUCACACUGUCACAGUGGUGCACUCAGACGCACACUGUGGUUCUGCACAACCUGAGACCUCGAAGCAGAAGAGCCGGCGAAACGCGAGAGGAUUAUCACAGGAGCACACGAGGCAGUGUGGAGCUGGGGGUGGAGGCUGUGCUGAGGUCAGCGGGAGGCAGCCUGCUCCACCUGUGGGUGUCCCAGUGUUCCCACAUCCUGACGGACAGGACGCUGUGGUUGACCAGCUGCUACUGCAGGAACCUGCAGACGCUCACGUACAGGAGUUCUUCAGACCCGGUGGGUCACGAGGUUCUCUGGGCCCUGGGUGCAGGCUGCAGGAGCAUCAGCAGCCUGCAGGUGGCGCCAGCUCACCCAUGCCAACAGCCCACUCGCUUUGGGGAGCGCUGCUUGCAGACGAUUGGUCGAUGUUGGCCACACCUCCGCUGCCUCGGGGUGGGCGGGGCCAGCUGUGGGACCCGGGGACUGGUCGAUGUUGUUCGCUGCUGUGCUCAGCUGCAGGUGCUGGAGCUGGAGCGUUUCAGCGACCUCGGCCUCCAGGCGGCCACGGACCUGUGUGAGGCCGGGCUGACGGCCCUGCAGACGCUGGUCCUGGUGCACACGCCCGUCAGCGGCCAGGCCCUGCUGCACUUCCACAGUGAGACCACGAAGCAUGAGAUGGACUGGGUCAUUAGUGCACGUACACAAACACUCACAUCCUCUGUGUGUGCGCAGGCAUGUGUCACAACCUCAGGUCCAUUGAGCUCGAGGUUUCAGCGUCAGAUUACUUCGACGAGCCCCACACUCAGGAAGCUCAACAUCUGUUUGGAGAAAUCCUCAGCACCCUGAAGGUUCUCCAGCAGCGUCCGGGGCUGGACUGCGUCCUACGGGUCAAAGCUGAAGGACUGUAAAAACCCUGAACCCUCAGAGCAGAUCAGAGUUCAGCUCAUCGGUUCUGCUGAGUUCUUGGAGCAGUUGUUGCUGCAUCUCUCAACCGGCUCAGCGAAGGUCCGGUCCCAGUCGUCUGUGAAGCUCUCCGUCGCCUGGUUCCACGUCCACCGCAGGUGUCGGAGGGUUUGAUCUGAACCACCAGGACAGAACCUGAACCUGAGCUACAGCAGGUGAUCCUAAACGGACUGAAUGGGACUGGGCCUGAGGUUCUGGGCUGUUUGUCUGGAGACUCAGCGGGUCGGUCCAGGUCCACUGCCUCUGCUCCAGCUGCGGUGUCUGUGUCUGGAGACGUUAUCAGGGUUCCAGCACAUGUGUAUGUAUUAAUAUGAUGCGUUCCUUCCACCACGUUUCAGCUUCACCGACUCCACAACCAGAACCUCUUCACAUGCUUUAAUGUUCACAGCUGUGGGUUCACGAGGAACCUCGUUAAAACAAAUCCAGUCUCUUUCAAUAAUCCUACAACGACGCGAUCGCUUCAGGAAAGUGUUGGUUCCACUCAGGGAUCAUCAGAAGCUACUGGUUUCCAGUCCCUGACUCCACUGGUCAUUGAACAGGGUUCAUUCCUGACAGGUUCUGGACAAUGGGCUGUUUCAUUACUCAUCAGUAUUUGGUGAAACAAUAAAAUCAAGGGCAAAUCAAUCCCAGAGCUGCAAAAACACUUUCAUGUUAAAGUAAAACCCACAUUAGUUUCUUCCACUUCCUUCGUCCUGUCUGAACAGAACCGUUACCUUGAAGCCUUUUGUGAUUCUCACUGUAGAGGACUCCUCAUCCUUCUUAUCAACCCCGUAAUGAUUUAGUCGUAGCUCCUCCUUCAAAUGUGGAUGAAAACCUUUGUACUCUGUUUCAAAGCCAUAAUGGACUGAGGUUUGAGCCAAAGUUCUACCUUCAAGACGAGCACAAAUAGUUUGACACCGGACUCCAAAGACCAUCUGUCAGCGCUGCAGACGUGUUGGAUCCUCUGUGUUUGAACCUACGGCUGCUGAAUAAAUAAAUCCUUUCUCAUCGGUGUCA